CCGCUCAAGAACCAUCACCGCCAACACCCAGCGACAGCAAGAUGGUCAACCUCCGCACCCAGAAGCGCCUCGCGGCGUCUGUCGCAAACUGCGGAAAGCGCAAGAUCUGGCUCGACCCUAACGAGACCAACGAGAUCUCCAAUGCCAACUCCCGCCAGACCGUCCGCAAGCUCAUCGCCGAUGGCCUCAUCAUCCGCAAGCCAGUCACCAUGCACUCGCGUGCCCGUGCCCGAGAGCUGACCGCCGCCCGCCGCAUUGGAAGACACCGUGGCUUCGGUAAGAGAAAGGGUACUGCUGAUGCGCGUAUGCCAACUCAGGUGAUGUGGAUGCGCCGUCUGCGUGUCCUCCGCCGUCUACUUGUCAAGUAUCGCGCUGCCGGUAAGAUCGACAAGCACCUCUACCACGAGCUGUACCACCUCAGCAAGGGUAACACCUUCAAGCACAAGCGUGCUUUGGUUGAGCAUAUCCACAAGGCCAAGGCCGAGAAGCUGCGUGAGGAGAAGCUUCGCGCCGAAAUGGACGCCAAGCGUGCGAAGACCAAGGCCGCUCGCGAGAGGAGACAGGAGCGUAUCCAGCAGAAGCGCAACGCUCUUACUGGCGAGGACGAGGAGCCAGCUGCUCAAUAGAUGUCGCAUAUCUAGAUUCUCCAGUGCAGAAAGAUUCGGAACGAGCGACGCAUACGGCGACCAAGGAAGGGCACCAGGGAAGGUCGGUUUGCCCCAGGUCUGCCUACGAGUGGUAUCAUGGGGUUGUUCGGGCGUGCUGUUGGUUCUCACGGAUGUUACUACGGCGUUUGCGUCUACCGUCUACUGUCAUGGCCUUGAUGCAUGUAUCUUGAGGCAACUCAAAAUGAAGCGAUGUCUCGAGAAACGC